CUCAGUUGCAUUUGAGAUCUUAUUUGAAACGGUUCAUUGCGCUCUCUUAGGGCGUAAAUUGCAACAAAUUGUGUUAAAGAGAAUCAAUAAUUCAACAGUGCGGACGCAAAACGCUCUGAGUGUGGUAUAUGUGCUUGCAAUAAAUAAUUAUUACAGUUUUUAACAGCAAGAAGACAACAGCAACGUCAUGCUACUGCAGAGAAACAAAUUAGGCAGUGUGCGUCCACCGAAGCGUUGCAGAAGCGACAUGGAUAACACCUCCACCUCGGAUAUUGUUAUUAUCAAUGGCAACUCGCACCCGGAUCUGGCCAAUAUGGUUGCUGAGCGCAUGGGCCUGAAAAAUGGAGGAUGUUCGGUCUUUCACAAAUCGAAUCGUGAGACUAUCGUUGAAAUUAGUGAUUCGGUGCGUGGCAAGGACAUUUACAUUAUACAAACAGGCACCAAGGAUGCCAAUAACAACAUUAUGGAACUGCUAAUUAUGGCUUAUGCCUGCAAGACUUCCUCAGCUCGAUCCAUUGUGGGUGUCAUACCCUAUUUGCCGUACUCGAAGCAGUGCAAGAUGCGCAAGCGUGGCUGCAUUGUGUCCAAGCUGCUGGCUAAAAUGAUGUGCACCUCUGGACUUACUCAUAUUAUAACCAUGGACUUGCACCAGAAGGAGAUUCAAGGCUUCUUUGAUAUACCCGUCGACAAUUUGCGCGCCUCGCCUUUUCUACUGCAGUACAUUCAGGAGAGCAUACCCGAAUAUCGCAACUCAGUGAUUGUGGCACGCAAUCCGGGCGUUGCCAAGAAGGCCAAUUCCUAUGCGGAACGCUUGCGUCUUGGCCUGGCCGUCAUACACGGCGAGCAGAAGGAGGCUGAGAGUGAUGAAGUCGAUGGCAGAUACUCGCCACCUCCCACCAGAAACUCUACUCCACAACAUGCACCCAGCAGCAGCCGCACGCGCACGACCUCCGUGUCGGUGGGCGUGCCCGAGCAUCCGGUUAAGGUCAAGCCACCGCUGACCAUUGUGGGCGAUGUGAAUGGACGCAUUGCCAUCAUGGUGGAUGAUUUAAUCGAUGAUGUGGAAUCAUUUGUGGCUGCCGCAGAGAUGCUAAAGGAUAAUGGUGCCUGCAAGAUCUACGUGCUUGCCACACACGGUCUUCUCAGCUCGGAUGCGCCCCGACUGCUUGAGGAGUCAGUGAUCGAUGAGAUUGUUGUCACCAAUACCAUUCCACAUGAGGUACAAAAGUUGCAGUGCAACAAGAUUAAAACGAUUGAUAUAUCGAUACUGAUUGCUGAAGCUAUACGCCGCAUACACAACAAGGAGUCCAUGUCCUAUCUGUUUCGUAAUGUCACAUUAGAAGAUUAGACAUGUACACAUACACAAUUGCAUAUAUAUACAUACACACACACACAUUACAUUUACAGUGUCACAAAACGUCACAAAAAUGCCAGUGAAGUUUCUUCAAGGAAGUUGCGCCUUUAUAUGUUGUUUGUUUUACCCCCCAAAUGCCCACUAUAAUUUUAAUAAAUAAAAAUAUUUAAUAGCUCGCUUGCCUACGGCUGCUCAAAUAAAAUGAAAUAUGCUUUUAAAAUUAGAAAA